ACGACAGUUUGUUUUGAUUUCUAAUUUUCCUCAAUUUGUAAUGAAUGUUUUUAUUCUUUGUAAACAGUGAACUUUUAUUUAUAUUUUUUGCAUAUAAGAAAUAUAUUUUUGACGAAUUUUUUAACUGUGUUCUGGUGCAAUGACAAAUACAGAUAAUGUUUUUGAUGUAACACUAGAUGAUGAUAUAUGGAAGGAUUCAUUUGAUCGCCUUCUUAACAAACGAUCGUUACUUCGGGAGCUAAACUUAUUAAAACCGAAUGUACGCAUAUCAUUUAAUAAUGAUAGCAGUGUCGAAGUUUCGAAGGAAAAUAUAUCCUAUACUGAAAAACCAGAUAACAAAAUCUUGGGAAAGAGGACAUCCGGAUCUAUUUCCACACCAAAGUUUAUUAAUAAAGCUGUUGGCCCAUUCGACUGCCAUUUGUCUCCGAUAACUUCGUGGCGUCUUACGAAUGCUUAUCAAAAAGAUUCAUGGGACCCAUCCUGCAAAUUAAAAUCAACCAUUUUAGACAGAGUUACUGAGUCUAUUGAAGAAACCACGCCCUCUCCUCCAAAAAAUGUCGCCAGAAGUAUACCAGUGAUAGAGUUAAGCGAACACAAUGAAACUGAUAUUAAAACUGAACCAGUCUUAGAGAAAAACAGUACAUCUGAUCUCCAAUGUGAUGAAAAUAGAUUUUUGAACGUAAUACUGCCACCAGGAAAAUGGAGAAGAUCGCUAACGGUUUGGAAACGACAGAAUCACCCCAAACAUGAAUAUCUUGACAGUUUUGCAUCAAACAGCACAAACUGCUUUACUCUGAACAUACGAAAUUCCCGUAAGACUUCUUUUGUUCACCGUAAAACAACUUCAAUAAUUUCUCCCAAACGCAAAAGUGAACUUGAAUUGUUGAAAAUUUGCAAACAAUCCGAGCAUUUGCCCUUUUCAAGUCUUUACUCAAAGAAUGUGCUGCCUAAGUGUAAAAAAAUAGGGGAAGGUACAUAUGGAGAAGUGUUUGCCAAUACGGACAACAACAACGAAAAAACUGUGAUAAAGAUAAUACCCAUUGAAGGAGAAAUAAGUGUCAAUGGAGAACCCCAAAAGACGUUCGAAACAAUAUUGCCUGAAGUGUUGAUAACAAGCGAGCUGAGUAAGCUUAGAAACACCAAGUCGUUUGCAACAACGGGAUUCGUUUUUCUCAAAAAUGUACGUUCUUUUCGAGGCAAGUAUCCAGAUCAUCUAAUAGAACUGUGGGAACUUUAUGAGAAAAAUAAUGGAUCCGAAAAUGAUCAUCCUGAAGUAUUUAAAAAUGAUCAAUUAUAUGUAUCAUUAGAAAUAGCUUAUGGUGGAAAAGACUUAGAAGGUUAUGUUUUUCGGAACUCAGAGCAAGCUUAUUCAAUAUUUUUGCAGGUUGCUUUUAGUAUGGCUGCAGCGGAGAAAGCUUUGGAAUUUGAACAUCGUGAUUUACAUGUUGGAAACAUUUUAAUACAAACAACAAACGAAAAGACUGUUGAAUUCACAUUAAAUAAGAAGACUAUUAAUAUUCCAACAAACGGUGUUAAGGCUACUAUUAUCGAUUAUACGCUCUCAAGAAUAUUGUUAAAUAGAAAUAGUUUUUACAAUGACCUCUCGGCUGAUGACGAAUUGUUUUGUGCAAAAGGAGACUACCAAUAUGAUAUAUAUCGUUUGAUGAAGGAAAAACUAAAUAAUAACUGGCAAAUGUAUGAUCCCCAAACAAAUGUGAUGUGGUUGCACUACCUUCUAACUAAACUAGUAGAUAGUGUUAAAUAUAAGAAUUACAGAUCGAAACAACAUAAAAUAAAUCUAGACCGACUGAAAACAUUAAGGGACUCAAUUAUGAAUUGCAACAGCGCAUAUGAAUUUUCAAUUAAUAUACAAGUGUAGAUUAUAAUUUUGAUAAUAUUUAUUUUAAAUGUUUUUUUUUAUUUACUCUUGUAUACAAUAAUAACGUAAAUAUACAAUAUUUUAUAUGAUUUAACGUA